UCACACACACACCGGGACCCCCACUCUCUCACGACACACACACACACACGUACUGGGAGACGGACGAAAACGGGGCUCAGUUGCCCGCUGUCCUCUGCCAGGGAUUGGUCUCCAAGCGUCCAGUGACACUUCGUCCUCACUAUCUCCGGAAAGAUAAGGAGCAUCACGGGAGGAUCGGCGGAGUUCCUCGCCUUACACCACCUUUACGGUGCCACACCCUCCACGGUGCCACACCCUCCACGUGCCACACCCUCCAGGUGCCACACCCUUCACGUGCCACACCCUCCACGUGCCACACCCUCCACGUGCCACACCCUCCACCAUGGAGGCUUGGCUCCGUUCCCUCGUCGUCUGCACAUCUCUCGCCCUCAUGACAGGUGGCGCUGGGGGCAUCCAGGUGGUGGAGGAGCCGGGCCUGCAGGUGGUCGAGAACGGCACCGUCGACCACGUCGUCCUCGACUGUCCCUUCGUCCUCGAGGCUGAGGACAACAUUGGACUGGUCAUCAAGUGGUUCCACCUCAACAACCCUAUAGCGGUCUACCAGUGGAUCUCCGGCCGCCAUGCUCCCCAGGCCACGGGGAUCCUGGAGGGUCGUCUGGACCUGCAGUUCGAGGUGUCAGAGGACGCCCUCCAGCGCCACCGAGCCCUCAAGAUCCUGCGCCCCACCACGGAGCUGGCCGGCCUCUACACCUGCAGCAUCUCCUCCUUCGCCGACGAGAAGUUAUACACCCAGCGGCUCCUUGUAUACAGCGAGCCCCAGGACGUGAAGGUGUGGACGGAGGAGCAGGACGACGACCACGUCACUGUCCUGUGUCAGGUGGACCACGUCUUCCCCCAGCCCCUCCUGCGUCUCCGUCAGCGGUCUGCAGGCAAUGACAGCGUGGCGCUGAGCGCGGUGAAGGAGGUCAACUCGUGGUCGCGAGGCAGUUACAACCUGACGGUGGAGGCGACGGUCAGGGACGAUGACCUGGACGGUCCUACAGUGUUCGAGUGUCUGGUCACCAUCCCCGACACUGAGGUCCAGGUCCUCUCCGACACCGAGUACCAUCCUAGAGUCCGACCAGUUGCGGGAGAAGUGAAAACGGGCGGUGGAGGGGGUAACUCUGCUGUCUCCGUGAUGGCUGGCCUCGCCUUGCUUCUCCUCUGGCGGGUGUAGGGUUACCUCUGAAGGAGCCAGAGUGAGCCUCCAGGUCGUCUUCCCAGGUGACCUACCUGCCACCACCUGCUGCUGAAGAUACCUGCACCGCCACCUUGUGUGUGUGUGUGUGUGGUCUUCCUUGGAGCCCGCGGGAGACCACAGUGUGCCUUGAGUCCAUCGUCGUGCCUGCAGCCAUCUUCAGGAGGUGCCAGGUGGCGCCUGCAGCCAUCUUCAGGAGGUGCCAGGUGGCGUCUGCAGCCAUCUUCAGGAGGUGCCAGGUGGCGCCUGCAGCCAUCUUCAGGAGGUGCCAGGUGGCGCCUGCAGCCAUCUUCAGGAGGUGCCAGGUGGCGCCUGCAGCCAUCUUCAGGAGGUGCCAGGUGGCGCCUGCGGCCAUCUUCAGGAGGUGCCAGGUGGCGCCUGCAGCCAUCUUCAGGAGGUGCCAGGUGGCGCCUGUGGCCAUCUUCAGGAGGUGCCAGGUGGCGCCUGCAGCCAUCUUCAGGAGGUGCCAGGUGGCGCCUGCGGCCAUCUUCAGGAGGUGCCAGGUGGCGCCUGCAGCCAUCUUCAGGAGGUGCCAGGUGGCGCCUGCGGCCAUCUUCAGGAGGUGCCAGGUGGCGCCUGCAGCCAUCUUCAGGAGGUGCCAGGUGGCGCCUGCGGCCAUCUUCAGGAGGUGCCAGGUGGCGCCUGCGGCCAUCUUCAGGAGGUGCCAGGUGGCGCCUGCGGCCAUCUUCAGGAGGUGCCAGGUGGCGCCUGCGGUCAUCUUCAGGAGGUGCCAGGUGGCGCCUGCGGCCAUCUUCAGGAGGUGCCAGGUGGCGCCUGCGGCCAUCUUCAGGAGGUGCCAGGUGGCGCCUGCAGCCAUCUUCAGGUGAAUGCCAGGCGGCGCCAGCAGGUGGACCAGGCUGUUGCUGGAGCGGGAAGCACAUCAACCUUGUCCCCUUCAGCGUGACCUGGGCAUGUGUGGCUUCUGAAGAAGUGCCUUUCCUUCACACUAUUUAACAAGUGCUUUUUGAUCAUUGUGAGUGAUUCGGUGUUUUCACAUAAAUUGUUAUAAUGCCAAAGAUUUAAUACUAGUUUAUAUUUUUGCCUGGUGGUGGCUGUAGACACGUCACGAGUUGUCUAGUCGAGGAUCCUAUUCUAACUGUGCCAUUUAUACUUCCAUAUUGUUAGUCCUGUAUGACGUUAUUUCAAGAUUUCAAUUGUGGCGAAGCUGUAGAAGGCUGUCGACGGGGCCCACCUCGCACACCCUUUGGACAAGUGUCCUGCCCAAGGAGAAACGUGUCCUGCCCAAGGAGAAACGUGUCCUGCCCAAGGAGAAACGUGUCCUGCCCAAGGACACACGUGUCCUGGCCAAGGACACGCACAUCGUGUGUGUCGUGUUCUGAGACAGUGUCCCAGGAAGACGUCUUCCAGGGCCUAGUUGCAAGAUUGUGUCCCCGGGCCGUCAUAGGUCUAUGCACAUACUGUAUAUGCGGCCCUAUGCCUUACUAUAUUUUCAUUGCGACACUUGAAAUAAUUCAGUAUAUAAUAUUUAUAAUCCUAAUGUAUAAUCGAACAAAAUAUAUUUUUGCUUCUGUAUAUAGGAAACAAAUUUGGAUUAUGAGAACUUUUCCAGGCUAGGAAGUUCCUUCGAUCCCCCUGUAGCCUACUACUACUACCUGUGUUAAAGAACACACUACUGUCAGCUGUGCUAAGGAGACCUUCUGUCAGCCAUGCUAAGUAGGUCUGUUGCCAACCAUGAUAAUAAGUUAAGAAGGCCUAAAAAGAAUGUUAAUCAGAUCUACAGCGAGCUGUAUUCAGUAAGCCUGCUGCCAGCUAUGCUAAUUUGGCCUACAGCUAUAUUAAAUAGGCCUACUGUCAGCUAUGUUAAAUAAACCUUGUGCCGGUUUUGUAAGCCUACUGCCAGCUAUGCUGAGAUUAGUAAGAUACAAUGUAUCAUGUACGCACGUGUCCCCCCCCCCCCAUGCAAUGUUUUGUUGAGUUUAUAAUAAAAAUAACAAGAAACUGG